AUGCGGGGCCGUGGCAUCACCCUUCGACCACAGCAGCGCGGUGCCAUCAUCCCGGCACAAUGGGCAUUAGAUGGAUUUUCCGCUUUGGCCACAGUCAGUAACAAUGCGGCUAUCUCCCAGUUCACACCGGCGACUGAGCAGAACUCUACCGCUACACCGGUGAACACGAACGAGAUACUCGUGUCACAGGGAGAGACGUCCUCCGAUGACCUUAGCGACUCGGAAGAUAACGUCUGCUACCGAUACAUCGAAAUGUUCGUUGUGCCAGAAACUAACGCGACAUCAGUGACCGAAGACAUAGUGAAGGAGGCGGCCAGAAAUCUGCUCAAACUUUCGCGGGUUGUAACCGAUCACAUUUUUGUUCUCAAUGCUAUUCCACGUCCUCUUUCAAAAUUUCUGUCUAUUUAUGAACAAUCCCUUCGCAAACACCAUCCAAUCAAUCCGGUAUCUUAUGAGAAAAGAUCACUACAGAAGGUCAAAAUGAAAUUUGAUGAACGCUCAGUUUUACCCUGCAAAGCGGAAUCAGCAAAUUUGGGAAAAGAGGAGAUCGUCUAUGCGACAAGAAGUGUUGGAUGUGCAUCGUAUCGAAAUGAUCUGCAAGGAAUCAGAGCAAUAGCUAUUACAUCUGUGCUGUUAUUUCAUUAUUACCCUUCCUUAUUCUCGAACGGAUAUGUUGGGGUGGAUCAGUUCUUCGUACUGUCCGGAUAUCUAAUGUCAAUGGUGACCGAACAAGAGAAAAAAUUUGGUAUAAGAGAAAUAGCCUACUUUUAUUAUCGACGAGCAAAACGGAUUCUGCCAUCCUAUCUCCUGAUGAUCAUACUUUCGCUCACAUGUUCACGAUUUUUAUUUUCCGAUUACAUACAAGUCUCUAACCUGGAAUCUGCCAAAUAUGCACUGUUAUUCACAACAAAUAUCCAAGCGGCUGACAGCGUUAGGAACUACGAAACUAUGCUGUCAAAGGCAACAGAUCUCUUCACACAUACGUGGUCUAUAGCAGUCGAAAUGCAGUUCUACGCUAUAUUUCCUGCAAUAAUGGUAAUAUUCAAGAUGCUACCUCUAUGGAUUGCUAUGACUACUUUGAAACUGUUAGUUUCACUAUCCAUAUUGUGUCACGUGAUACUGCCUCCUACAGUGGCAUUCAACUUCACUCAUGCAAGGAUUUGGCAAUUCGUAUUCGGUAUCUACGUUCACCAGCUGAGUAGACAAACAACAAAUCCAGAUCCGGAGACGAGUAGAAAAUAUAUGAACUUAACUAAUUAUGGGUUUUGCCUAGCUGCCAUUAUUGGUACCAACCUGCUUCCAUUUAUGACUAUGAAUAGCUUGAUCCUCAGGAUUAUCACUACUCUUUUGACCGGAGGACUCAUUUUUUUACAUCCACCAAACGAAGCAAAUUUCAUGUCAAGUAAAUAUUUUACAUAUGUCGGACAUAUUUCCUACUCUCUAUAUCUCGUACACUGGCCAAUAUACAUUAUAUUUUGGCAAUACAACUUUCGGGACACUGUGGGGCUCAGUUGCGGGCUUAUUCUUUCUAUACUCGUGGCAGUAGUGCUGACGGAGACAUUUGAGAAGCUAUACCUGCAAGCUGGUGUCAGGACCGUUCUCUGUCUCAUUGUUUGUCUCUAUGCUGUUAAUCUGCUACUGAUAGACAAACAGAAAAAACACGAUCUUCUUGAACAAGAAUUAGAAUCGGCCGUAAAUCUUUUUACACCAGUCUGCCUAUCUAAAAAUAUGAAUACGAAUUGCGAUAUCCCUUUCAGUGCGACAAAGUUAGGAAUAGAACAGGUAUUGCGCUUGAACACUUUAUUUACUAUGUCGGAUGUGCAACUUCUUUCAUAUAAAGAGUGCUCCUAUCGUAGAGGAUGGCACAUACCGUGGGGUUAUUGUGAUCUUCCUUCUGAGAGUAGAAAUCCUGCACGCAAAAUUAUGGUUAUUGGGAACAGUUAUGCGGCAAAUCAAGCCAGAUUAGUUUAUGAAAUGUGUCAUAGUUCCGAUGUUGAUGUACAAGUGUUUGCAAUGGGAGGAUGCAAUGUGUUGACCAUAGACAGGCAGUACCAUCACUGUUGGAAAUCGCACAGUGUGUUCAACAAAGUGGUCAGAGAAUACAAACCAAAUGUUUUAUUUGUACUCUCCAGAUACACGGACAUGUUCGAUGUACCAGAAACAAACACUACAUCAGAAACCGAGAACAUAGUAAAAGAGGCAGUUAGUAGCCUGCGGAAACUUUCACGGACUGUAACUGAUCAUAUAUUUGUACUCAAUGCUAUUCCACGACCUCACUUCGCAUUUGAAUAUAACCAUGAACACUCCCUCAGGGAACACCGUCCAAUCGAACCGACAGAAUUGCUCAACGUCACAGGACUGGAGGUUGCCCGCCGGAGAGUGGCCGAAUCUGUCGCAACAUGCUCCAAAUGCAGUAUUAUUGACUACACACCAACAUUCACUUUAAAUAAUACAUUUCGUCUAUUUGAUGCCCACUCGAAUGUUGCUUACAUGAACGGUAUGUAUCAUUUCACACCUCUAGGAUUACAUCGAUUGAGACCAUUCUUUAAAAAUAUUUGUGAUCAUAUUAGCAGUUAUUCGAAUAGGACUGUGACAUAG